UAUCGCCUCUCCAGCAGGGGGUGGUGGGAGCCACACCGGACACACAGCGCCGGAGAGGAAGAAGGGGCUCAGACAGGGUGAUUAGAGAACUCAGCAGACACAGGUGGUGCACGGUAGUAUCUGACUAACGGACCGCAAGGAAAACAAACCAUGAAGAACGAAGGCAUAGAGGGGACGGAGAGGUUUCUGAGCCCGGACAAAGGCAGAGGCCUGCGGGCAGUGAGGGACUUCGCGGUGGGGGAGCUGGUGUUUGCCUGCCCUGCUUACUCCUACGUGUUGACAGGGAAUGAGAGGGGAGCGCACUGUGAGCAAUGCUUCACCAGGAGAGAAGACCUUUUUAAGUGUGGCAAAUGUAAGCAGGCCUACUACUGCAAUGUAGACUGCCAGAGAGGUGAUUGGCCCAUGCAUAAGCUGGAGUGUGUAGCCAUGUGUGCCUAUGGGGAGAACUGGUGUCCAUCAGAGACUGUCAGACUGGUGGCCAGAAUUAUCAUGAAACAGAGAGUCAUAACAGAGCGCACCCCUUCAGAAAGGCUGCUACUGCUCAAAGAGUUUGAAGCACAUUUAGAUAAGAUGGACAGCGAGAAGGAGGAGAUGAACCAGGCAGACAUAGCAGCACUGCAUCACUUCUACUCUAGACACAUCAGUGAUCUCCCUGAUGAACAGGCUCUCACUGAGCUUUUUGCACAGGUUAACUGUAAUGGCUUUACCAUAGAAGAUGAGGAACUCUCCCAUCUGGGAUCAGCUGUUUUUCCUGAUGUAGCACUGAUGAAUCACAGCUGUAGUCCUAAUGUCAUAGUGACCUAUAAAGGCACAGUAGCCGAAGUCAGAGCUGUUAAAGAGAUAAACCCUGGAGAGGAGAUCUUUAACAGUUACAUUGACCUGCUCUAUCCAACAGAGGACAGGAAAGAGAGGUUGUUAGAUUCCUACUUCUUCACAUGCCAGUGUACUGAGUGCACCACCAAGUCUAAGGACAAAGCAAAAAUGGAGAUCAGGAAGCUGAGUUUUCCACCAGAUCCAGAAGAAAUCAGAUCCAUGGUCCAUUACGCCAAGAAUGUAAUUGAGGAGUUCAGGAGAGCCAAACACUACAAGACCCCCAGUGAGCUGCUGGAAAUGUGUGAGCUCAGCCAGGAGAAAAUGGGGGCUAUAUUUGCAGACACCAACGUCUACAUGCUGCACAUGAUGUAUCAAGCCAUGGGCGUCUGUCUUUACAUGCAGGACUGGGAUGGGGCUAUGAGCUACGGCGAGAAGAUCAUUCAGCCAUAUAGUGUACACUACCCAGCCUACUCUCUGAAUGUGGCGUCUAUGUAUCUGAAACUGGGACGUCUGUAUUUGGGGUUGGAGAAGAAGACACAAGGAGUGAAAGCUCUGAAGAAGGCAUUGGCCAUCAUGGAGGUGGCUCAUGGAAAAGAUCACCAUUAUGUAGCAGAAGUCAAAAGAGAAAUCGAGGAGCAGAAGUAAAGAAGGUGCAGCUGAAGGAGCUAAAAGAUUAAAGAGAGAGGCACUGGCGUGAAGGAACCUCUCUAAAUGCAACAACAACAAAAAUACACAGUGCAACUGCAUGGCAUAUAUCUUAUACGUCUCUGUUUUUUAAACUUUUUUGUUGCCCACUCUGUUGUUUUUCCUGCCUCCCUUCAGGCAGAGUUUCUCUUCUCAUGUCUACCAUCAACAUAUUCUGCAGAGGAUGACCACGUUUUGUAUCUGCAGCAGCCUACUUCCUGUCAGACCGAGACUUAAAAGCAGACAAAUUAGGAUUACAUUUUUGAAAUGAAAAAAAAAAAAGUCUGAUGAAAUACUUACAGUUCUAACCUUGAACUUCAUUUGAAAGUGUUUCUGUUUCUGCGUGCUGAAGCUCAUUAAACCCAUUUAACACCCGUACUGUUAUUCAUAAAAGGAUCACAUCAGGAGGAAAAAGAGACUACAGUACUGACUUUAAGGCUCUCAUUUUGAUGAAACAGCUUUUAUGUGACAGCUAUGUGAGGUCCGUUGUCUGAAGUGAAUUUUUUCCCAUGUUCGCUUUCCUUGGGAGUCUGAAGUCAUUCACUGUGUUUUGUGGACCCAUCAGCAGACCAUGUGGCAGCACAGCUUUGCUCCAGAGCAGUUGCUCAUGAUUUGAAAAUGUGUACAAAAUGAUGAGUAAUUGUCACAGAGGGCAUUACUACUUGCAUGCUAAUGCAUUUUAAUUCUAUCAAAUGUUCAGCAGCAGAGUUCCUGGCUUCAUUGAUUCUUGUUUAAACUGUGAAAAAAAUGAUGACUGACCAUGCAUCAGGUACUCUCCUGCAAUGGAGAAGAGAAUGCAAAGAACUAUUCCUGAAUGAAUAACCAGUGGUUUGAUUGAUUUGUCUUACAGUAUGUUUUGCUUGUUUUAAGGAACCAGGAGAAGUGUUGCAUGUUUUAUUGUUUAUGUUGUGCUUGUAUGCAUUUGUUUUGUUUUUUACAUAUGAGGCUUGUUGACCAAAAGGGCCACGGGUUUUACUGACAAGGAACCAGCUAUAAAUAUCUAUUCACAGUGUAUCCUUAAAAAAGGGGGUGCUGAUCUGAGACCAGUUUGCCUCUUAAAUCACAGUGAAGACAUUGGUACUAUAACCUUACCAGUGAUCGUAGAUCAGAGCCCCUUUGCUCUCAGGAAAAAAAAGGCACAACACUGUAGCUUUUUGUUGCCUUUUGUCAAGAAAUACAUCAUUUUACCUUUUUAGUGUUUUCUCAUAAGCACCAUGAAUCCAGAUAGUGAAUACCCUGGGAAUGAAAUCACCUUAGGAGCAGUGGGAAGAAUAUGAAUGCACAGCAAGACUGGGUACAAUAUACCUUGUACAUUUUAUUAAAGUGAUAACAAUGGGCAAUA